AUGAAAAAUAUACCUAGUGAUUCUGAAUCCAUUGAUGGAUUGUGUGAUUCUGAGGAUGAAGAUGUUGAUAUUUCUGAUGCUGAGACUAGAAUAAAUCACGAUGUGGAGCUUUCAGAAGAAAGUGACGUUGGAAUGGAUAGUGUUGAUGACAGUGACAAUGAAUCAAAUGAAAUUCUUACAGUACGAUUAGCAAAUUUAGAUGGAAUUUUGGAAAAAAAGUCAAGAUCAAAAGAUGACACCCCUUUCACUAAAAAUUCUGGUCCAAAUAUUCCGGAUUCAGCCAAAACUCCGUUGGAUAUUUUUUUGUGUUUAUUUCCUAAUGAACUUAUAGAGUUGAUUGUUCAUCAAACUAAUCUUUAUAGUGCUCAAAUAGAGAAGAAGCCGUUCAAUGUUGUCACAAAAGAUGAAAUAUUGAAAUUCUUAGGUUUGAACAUUUUUAUGGGUGUAAAGAAACUGCCAUCCUAUCGUGAUUUUUGGUCAAGAAAUGAACUGCUCCAUGACACAUAUGUCUCAAACGUAAUGACUGUCAUCCGCUUUGGAUACUUAUUAUCUCAUUUUCACCUAAACGACAAUUCAAAUGAACCAAAGAAGGGGCAGCCAGGAUUUGAUAAGUUAUAUAAAAUCAGACCUUUACUCGAUAAACUAUCUGAAACUUUCAAAACCUGCUCAGUACCAAACAAACCAAAUCAGUACCAAUCAAUCGACGAAAGUAUGAUUCGCUUCAAAGGAAGGAGUUCAUUGAAACAAUACAUGCCGAUGAAGCCCAUAAAACGUGGAUAUAAGGUUUGGGUACAUGCAGAUGAAAGUGUUUUUGUGUGCGAGUUUCAGGUUUACGUAGGAAAAUCAGAUAAUAAUCAGUCGGAGAAGUCAUUAAGAUCAAGGGUGGUGAAAGAUCUAACUCGAACAAUUGUCGGAGAUAAUCACCGAGUAUUCUUCGAUAAUUUUUUUACCAGUACUGAACUUAUGAUUUCCUUGAAGACUGAAAAUAUUAUGGCAUGUGGAACUGUAAGGAGCAACAGAGUCGGUUUACCCAAGACACAAAAGAAAGAUAAGGAUAUGGUAAGAGGUGAGCAUGAAUUUCGUAGUUCGUACAAGGGUCUUGCGUGGCUAAAAUGGAAAGACAAUCGAGUAGUGUCACUUCUAUCGAAUUUUCAUGAUCCUUCAGUUACGAUAGAUGUCAAUCGAUGA